AUGCCAUAUGCCCAGGCUGGGCGACUGCGCUAUACUAAAGCGCUGCUGUGGCGACUGAGUAUAAAGGCCACCGCGUUCGAGCGACUGUCUGUGGUCAUCCAUCAGCUCUUGCGCAAUCUUCAGAUCUCUUCUCUCCCUCCCUCCGUGCCUUUGAUAAUGUCUCUGCCCCCUCCUUGCUUCACCCCCGGCUCUCUAUACCUUGCUGGCUUCGCACAAGCCCGCGGCCCACACGCUGCUCUCAUCAUCCCGUUCAGUCCCUCAGCCGGGCGCCUUGUGCACAUCCGUAUCGACUAUGAGCGGUCUCAAACUUGGGUAUACCAAUCUAAACUGCAAGAAAUCACGGGAGACAUGUUCCUUUCGACAUUGAUCAAGCUGCGAGACGUCUCUCUGGGCCAUGUGACCGUCGAGCAGCUCGAGCACGCUGCGGCGUAUGUGCCACUACCACCCAAUGACCACCACGGAGAAUGUCUGCCAUGGGCCUUGGGCGUCGUCCGGAAGCUCCAAGAGAUGGGCUUGCUGAACGUGUCUGAUGUCCAUCAGCUGGGGGAGGAGUUUGUCCAAUUUUCGGCCGGGAACUGGUUGUACGCCACACGCCAUAGGUUCCCGAACGUUAAGGAAUCUCAGUUCACCUCGUAG